GCCACGGUUCGACGCCAUUCAGGAAGAGUUCCCCAGGGAGCUGCAGUCCUCCGUCUCCUUCCCAGCUGACUUCUUCAAACCACCUGAAGAAAAAGAAGGCCCCCUGGGGAGGCCAGCUGGCUGGAGGACCACCCCGCAGACCAUGAGCCCUGGACUGGGCACCAAGAGGGAGGCUCCUAUCAGCAGGCGGAGGCGACACCCUGAUGUUGCUGGCCAGUUCGCCAUUGCUCUGGUCAUCAUGUACCAGACCCUGGGGCAGUUUCUGCCCGAGCUCUAUGACCCAGACCGCCGAAGCCUUCGCAUCAGUGGGACGGGAGGGUGGUCUGCCCGGGGAUGCGAGCUCCUGUCCAGAAACUGGAUGCAUGUCACAUGCCAGUGCAGCCACACAGCCAGCUUCACGGUGCUCAUGGACAUCUCCAGGCAUGAGGCUGCUUCUCGGAACCAUCACGCCGGAGCCCAGAAGGCUGGAGCGUCAGGACGCGGCUGAUGCUGGAGUCUGCACUGGGUGAGGACCUUCUGAACUCCCCCAUGCCUAGGCCUGCACUUGCCUGUUUGCUUCUGU